UAAAAAACAGCUAGGCAACAUUCUCCUUGGAGAGGAAGGAAAAAACCAGAAAAGAAAAAGCCCUCUCCCGAAAUAUAGAUUCCAUCUUCCAAUGGCGUCUCAGCCUGUCACCUUCUCGUUCCUCCUCAUCUCCAUUCUCAUCUCCUCUGCCUCUUCCGCUUCUUUUGAACCCCUCAUCCAGCUCCCCGCAACAACAACCGGCCGCAAAUCCCACGUUGACGAUGACCUUUACUGUUCCAGCUGGCAUUUAUCCAUCGAGACUAACAACGCUGGAAGCUGGGCCCAAAUCUCCUCCCGCUGCGAGUCCUUCGUCCAAGACUACAUGACCGGUCAACGCUACAUGUCAGAUUCCGAGAUCGUCGCUAACUACUCCCUCGGUUACGCCUCCUCCAUCGAGAUUGCAUCCGACGGAAAAGACGCCUGGAUCUUCGAUGUCGAUGAAACUUUGUUGUCGAAUUUACCCUACUAUCAAGCCCACGGAUUCGGAUCAGAGACUUUUGACGAGAAUUCUUGGGAUCUGUGGGUGGACUUAGCCGAGGCCCCAGCUAUACCAGCGAGUUUGAAAUUAUAUAAUGCGCUGAAGCAGAUGGGGUUCAAAAUAGUUGUGCUUACUGGGCGGACUGAAAAUCAAAGGAAUGUCACGGAAAAGAAUCUUAUGCUUGCAGGGUACACUGGCUGGGAAAGGCUUCUUUUGAGAGGACCUUCUGAUGAAGGGACACCAGCUACCGUAUUCAAAUCUGAGAGGAGAUCGGUUCUGGUAAAUGAAGGUUACAGGAUCCACGGGAGCUCUGGAGAUCAGUGGAGUGAUUUACUGGGUUUUGCGUUAGCUAAACGGUCCUUUAAGCUGCCAAAUGCAAUGUAUUACAUUGCCUAAACAAUAUAAUGCAAUUCCCUAAUAUGUUGUAAUUCUGUACUUCUUGUUGUGAAAACUUUAUGGCUAGCUCAUAUUACUUGUUACCUUUAAUAAUCUGGGGUGGGUUCUUAGAAAUCUAAGCAGGCCUUUCUUACGUAUAAACUGAACUCUGGCGAUUCGGAGUUAAUAA